GGGAGUCGGGGACGCCAUCCUUACACCACCAGAAGCCAAGAGUCACUUUAAGCCACACAGAUCAAAAAGCCCAGCCUUGCAAAACUGGGAGCAACUAACGCCAACCGUCAUCAUCUCUCUCUGCCUCUGCCCAGGUAAUCGGUUCUUCUUCUAUCUCUAGUCUUUCUCCCCAUCCGCGCCUCACUCUCUCGGGUUCAGUCUCCACCGCGUCGCUCUCUCUCUCUCUCUCUCUCGCACCAUCGUCCAGGCUCCUCCGCCGCACGGAGUCCUGUCGCACUCCACCUCAUCGUCCGGUCCUCAGUUUGUCGCUGGGCUAACAGCAGAUAGUUCUUCAUAGCAGAUAACUCAGGAGCAGGGUUGCUGCCAUCAACAUGGCCCCAUAGAUCCUUGCCUUUGACAAAUAUCUUGAAGUGGAAUGCCCAAGCUGAGUAGUGUUUUCCAUUAAAACGAACCAAGAAAUCAUCAGACUUAUCUGAAGACACGAGGCCGAGAGAACUUGAUCAAGAAUAACCGAGAACAAGGGACUGAACUAGGGCAGAGUUGGACUUGAGAACAAGAGAAUUCAGAAUUGUGGCUCUGAUGCCAUGAUAAACUUAGAGAGCUUUGAGCAAAAACUGGUGUCGAGAGUGGCAUUGCUGAUCAGAUUAUUACAACCCAAAAUCCCAGAACCACGAAGAACAGUGAAAAUAAGAUAGCAAAUCUGAGAAUUUUUUUUUCUUGUUUAUAAGUAGCAAAUCUGAGAAAGCUAGAGAUCUUUUCACGAACAUGUGGUCUGCAGAUUUGAAAGCAGCACUAGGCCAGAGACUCAACUUAGAGGGCAUUGUUUCUUCAGCUAUGGUGGUUGUAAAGGACAGGCACAUGGCACUUCCGCAUGUCUCCGUGCCUGACAUAAGAUACAUUGAUUGGAUUGAGCUGCACAGGAGGGGUUUCAAGGGUGUUGUAUUUGAUAAGGAUAAUACUCUUACUGCACCUUACUCUUUAAAAUUGUGGGGCCCUCUUAGUUCGUCACUUGAGCUGUGUAAAUCCGUUUUUGGCCCAGAAAUUGCAGUGUUCAGCAAUUCUGCGGGGCUGUAUGAGUAUGACAUUGAUGGUUCAAAAGCUAGGGAGCUUGAGGGGGUAAUUGGAAUCAAAGUAAUAAUGCAUACAUCUAUAUGUUGUGCUCUAGAGGUGAAGAAACCAGCUGGAAGGGCUGAAGAAAUUGAGAAUCACUUUGGCUGUAAAUCCUCACAACUUAUCAUGGUGGGUGACCGGCCAUUUACAGAUAUCGUUUAUGGAAAUCGAAAUGGAUUUCUGACUAUUCUAACUGAGCCUUUAAGUCUCGCUGAGGAGCCAUUCAUUGUUAGGCAGGUGAGGAAACUUGAAACAGCCCUUGUUAAGCACUGGUUUAGGAGAGGGUUGAAGCCAACCAGUCACAUACUAUUAUCAGAUGCCUUGCUCUAUGUAAAAAAUACCCCAUCGUUGUGAGAAAAGAAAGUCGAUAUAAUGCAAUAGGAAAUGGUUUGGAAUGGGUUGAAAAGAUUGUACUCUUCAGUAAAUUAUUUAUUUUUUUAACAACCUUCCAUAUUGAGAAUUUUAGAGAGUAACCACUAGGGCUUAGUUCAAGUGUUAAGAGCCUCUUGGUAGCAUGCUUUGUCAAGGUCAAUUGUUUGAACCCUUGACAAUUUUUAGGGUUUCAUUGAACUGGGAGAAUUUCCCUUUGAAUAAUUUAUGGUGCACUUGUGAAAAUUUUAUUGUCAAAUGUU